UUGAAAUAAAAUAUUUGAUAGGGAAAACUGGUGACGUGAUUCAUUUUAAAUUUUUAACGUGAUUCAAGUGUUUGUUUAUGAAUAUAUAACGUUAUAUAUUUGAAUGAAUAAAGUUUAUAAAAAUAAAUGUAAUGAUGAAUAAAAAUGUGGAUUGAGGUAAAUAAAAUAUGUGAUGGCUGGCGUUGUUGUAAUCGGAGGAAAUACGGAUUUUCAAAUAUUAAUUGACAAUAAAUUAAAAAGAAACGUACCACCAAAUAAUUACAAGCAACAAAAUCACCAGCACUAUUACCAUCAACAUCAACAACAACAACGUAAAUGCAAUGAUUAUAAUGAAAUGGCUAUUUCAAUAGAACGUUACAAUACAUCAGCAGUAUCAUCAGCUGGUUCAUUGUCAUCGUCAUCGUCAUUGUCACCGUCAACAGCCACAUCAGCUAAUGAUAAAUAUAAUAAUGAAAUUAAUAAAAAUGAUAAUAACCGUCCACAAAAUUUUUUAUACAAUUGUAAUAAGUCAUCAACGUCAUCGUCGUCGUCUACUGUGACAGUACCGCUGUGUCUUCUGGGUGAUGUACAAUUACGUUUUCUUUGUCCAGAAGAUUUAGAAGAAGUGCGCGCGUUAUGUCAAGAUUGGUUCCCAAUAGACUAUCCAUAUUCAUGGUACGAAGACAUAACAAGUUCAUCACGAUUUUAUGCACUAGCAGCAGUAUUUGGUGGUGUUAUUAUUGGAUUAAUAGUUGCUGAAAUAAAACCAUUUGCAACAUUGAAUAAAGAAGAUCAAGGUAUAUUGUGUUCAAGUUUAGGUAAAGAAUCACUCGUUGGUUACAUAUUGAGUUUAGGAGUACGUCGUGCUUAUAGAAGAAAUGGUAUUGCUUCAUUAUUACUUGAACAGUUAUUGGCACACGUAACAGCACCAGAACGUUCAACAGUUAAAGCUGUAUUUUUACAUGUACUGUCGAGUAAUGCACCGGCAAUAUUAUUUUACCAAAGAUGUAAUUUUAGAUUACAUAGUUUUCUGCCAUAUUAUUAUUCAAUACGUGGUAAAUGCCGUGAUGGUUUUACAUAUGUACUGUAUGUCAAUGGUGGCCAUCCGCCCUGGGGUAUUUGGGACUGGAUGCGUCAUUUAGCCGGUGCUAUGGCUAGUUUAGGACCAUGUAGAGUUCCACACUGGAUAUGGCAACGACUAAUGUGGGCUGCCACUCUGCUCUCUUAUCAUAGAUGAUAUUUAAAUUGUCGGAUGAGAUUGAAAUUUUAUAAUAAAAUCGACCAGUAGAAUUUUUAUUGAUCUUGUCUGAAAUUAGUUUUGUAAUUUAAAUUAGACAUUAUUUAAAUGUUGUAAGAGAUUAUUUAUGUUACUAAGAUAUGUUACUAAAGCUUUAUUAAAGAUUACUUUUAAUACUUUAUCUAUUUUUUAAAUUUUAUCGACUAUAUUUUUCUUUAAUUAGUAGGGUAAUAGUACGAAAUAUUAGCCAAGCUCCAAUUGAUGACUAGGUACUUAGACUCUUAAUUAUUUUUAAAUUGUAGAAUUUAAUUCCGGAAAGUAUGCAGUUAUGUUGUAAAUUUUUCAUACAUGAAAUGCACAGUUUAAAAAUUUUUACGAGUCUGAGCACCCAGUCAUUGGUACUUUUACUUUACUUUUAUUAAUUAUUGAUCCAUGCAGGAUUUGUUACACAUUUAUUUAUUAAAAUCACAUAUUUUUAAUUCUAUAUAAUGUAUAUAUUAUAUAUAAAUAUAUAUAUUUAAAGUAUAUAG